AUGGCGUACCAAUCGCCAUCUAAGGAGCAGUUUCGGGCUACAUUGCCACCGACUCCUUCAACAGAUAGGCAUUCUCUUUCGCACUCGAGAUCUCAAUCUCAACUAGAGACAAGCGCUCGCGCAAAAUUAGGACCAUGGGCACAGUGGGGUCAUACAUCUGCUUCUUUGAGUGGCUUGGAAACUAUGAAACGGCCUCAAUUGAAACAUAGUCAAACUACGGGAGAUAAGUUGCGCUUCAACAGGGAUCCACUCUCCAACAGAGAUCCACUGCCAGCAAUUCCUGGCGUUCUAGCGAAGAAGUUGGGCAGGGGGAGUAGGAGGCUCGACGGGAGGUUGAAUGAGUAUGGAGAACCUGUUCCAAAACCUUGUAUGGAUAUUUCUGUCUCAAAAAGUCACGAUGAUGAUAUUGAGGAAAGCGAAGAUUUUCGGAGGGUGACGAGGAUUUAUUCUUCGCCCGAAACUAGUACAUUGCCUCCACCCCCCGAUCCACCCUUAACAAAGUCGGCAACGAAGGUGAUGCAGAGAACAGGCUACGACCCGACUAUGGAAAUAAGAGAAGGAAGGAGUCGACAGUCAUCGUUAGCUACGGACAACUCUGACAGUUCUGGUAGCAUUUACAGCCAAGAAGAUGAUAUAAAUUCACACAUGGCUCACCAGAGCCAAACUAUUGGUUCUGCUCCUGUGUCUCCGAUGCAGCGGGAUGAGGGAAGCUCGUACUUCUCCAACUACAUACCUAGUAAUGCAUCGAGCCUGGCCACGUCUUCACCGAGAUCAUUAGUAAUAUCGUCAGAAUAUAAAGAACGAGUGUCAAGGUUUAUGCAAGGUCAUUUAGAAGAUCUCAAUACUAGCCAAGAUCUGUCAUACACUAGUGGUCUCGAGAACAUGAUAGAUCAAGGAGUGCCGUACGAUUAUCAGAAUGGGCGAGAAUAUCCACUCAGACAUAAGGCUCACAACGAUGAUGUCGCGUUAAUGCCACCACCACUCUCAUUGCCAACAAAGAGAAGUCGACAAAGCUAUUUCUGCGAAAGCCCAGAUUAUUGGGAGCCACGAACCCCGGUUGCUCCAUUUUUGGGUAGCGAGGAGCAGCAGAGUUUGCAUAGACCCUCUGCAGUCUCACAUACAUCAUCCAUGGCACCACCGAACAUAAUAAUACCAGAAUCGAAUAAGCCUCGAAAGAGAGAUUUCUCAAGUGGUCAACACCCCCUGAAGAGUCCUUUUCCAUUUCUUUCAACUAAUAAGCUACCGGAUUCUCCAAAAGCGACAGGUCCAACAGGGUCAUUGGGGAAAUAUUAUCGGGUGCUUUAA